AUGCUGGAAACAAGUCCGACCAUUGAGCUGCGCCCAACCGACCCUUCUAGUGGGACUGAUGCCACAGCUGAAGGGUCAGGGACACCUACGCCUGUCCCUGCCCAAAUUAACGCUGCAAAUAAGGACGAGACUAAAUCCGUCUCUUUACCCCACAACGCGCAUGCUGAGGUGUCUACUUCGGGCACAUCAAGGGAGACAAAAAUAUACGAUCAUGUAAUUAACAAUUCACCCAGGAACACUAUACUGGCGUCUCCACAUGAUGAACCGACAGAAAACGGUUCUUCGGCAAGGAGAACCUUUUCUAUCGGCAACGACUCAUCAAGCUCAGAUCCGGGAAAUUAUGACAAGGAGACACGUCUUGCCAAAAUUAGAGAAGUGAAACUCAAAAGUGCACAACGUCAUUCGAUAGGUUCAUCAAGAGGGACCUUCAGACGGGGAUCAUCUGUGGACCAAUUUUCUGAUAUCCAUCAAACUACAGCUUCUGCGAGCUCAAGGUCGAACAAUUUCACAGUGCCAAAAAUUAAAUCGGUCGGUCUUGGAAUUUCACCAGAAGAGGCAUUCAAACUACUAUCAGAGUCUAAUCAAAGUAGUUCAAGCUCAACAAAAGCUGACACUGCAUAUGGACGGGAUGGCCCUUCUUCAACUAGUACUUUCUCAGGACCACCGCAACACAUGAUACGGCAUGGCGUUAGGGAGAGGGCUAAAUUAGAUGCAGAGUUGUUAACAUUUUUACGAAAACAAACUAUCCACUCCUUGAAAUUGCCAAGAAAUCUAUCGACAGACAACGUUACACAUUCAUGCAACUGCCGUGAAAUGGCCCUUACAGACCAAUCAGACAAUUCAAACACAUCAAGAACUAACGGAAGUGUAUCGUCCACUCUUAGGCCAAUAAGAUCGGCUAAUAGACAACCACCAGAUUAUGCUGCACAUUUUGUGGAAGAUAGUGAAUCGUUGUCACAACUACGCGCAUUAUUCAAUGGAACUGUAAAAAUACAAUCGAAUGAAGGAGAUAGCACGUCCAUAUCAAUCGAUUAUUCGAUACAUGAUGGGGAAUACGGGCUACAACCACUAUCACCAAUAUUAGAAUGGUUACCAGAGGAACCAUCUCAACCUGAAUCGCAACAAGAACAAGAUGAUGAUGAUGUGACCACACUUUUCAAAGAUUGUAACACAUCAGGAUUGUUGGAUGAAUAUGGUGCCCCCUAUUUUGCAUCCGAUAACCCGGAUGGAAAGGGUGAUAUUAACGCCAAGGUGCGGUUAUUACGUAGGGUACACGAAUCACUAUACACCACUUCGGAUGUUGCGAGCCUUGGUACCAUUGAAAAAUUCAUGCUAGAAUUGCUACAACCAGAAAGUGAUUUCGGGACACUCAGCGCAUACGGACGCCUACUCGCAUAUAUCAAUCUAUCGGCACUGCGCCGCCACAUGCUACAACUCUCGGCGCUCUACCGACACCCCGAGAUGGAGGUCAUCCGACAAGUAAUGCGCUGCAACGAAGAAGGCGCUCUAAAAAAGGUACUCAACGUAUCGGAAUCGGCUGCUAAUGGUCAACUUAAUGACAAAGCUAGUACUGCAGCGAUAUCGGAACUCAUGGCACGUCUGGACCGCGGCUAUUCGCAUGCUAACGAUAAGGAAACCCAUGACAAUAGUGCAGAUGGAAACGUUUCUAAUAAACCUGGCACCCCAGCAGGUGGAUUUAAAAGCAUCAAGUCUAACAGACAGCUGUUAGCCAUGUUGGAUAACCUUUCUGCACUAUACCAUCCUGGUGGUGAACCUCAUUUCCCCCGGUACGUCUGCGGUAUGGUAGACCGCAAGAAUGUAAUAAGUGACGAAACGUUGAGUAUACCAUUUGACAAAGGUGAACGACGCCAUAUCCAUGUACAAUUUGAGCGUCUGGAAAAAUCAUGCAGGACACCAUGGCCCACCUCCACUGGCAUCCCGCAUACAGUUACAGAAGGGUUAAGGCUCCAGGUGUUACCAACGAAACAUCAAACUGUUAUGUAUUGGGCACUGGGGACAGUAACAUCCGUGUCAUCUGGUGUGCUUAUGGUCUCUAUCGAAGCACAUGGUACCAAAGAAACCGGUCGCACUGCAUCCUCAGAUCGUAUGUAUAUGAUGCGCAAUUUUGUACCACCCAAUGUACCACUCACACGUUUAGAAAAAGCACAUUGGCGUGUUUUACCUCGGGAAUUUGAUAUAGAGAGGGAUGUUUACGUUGGAUCAUGUCUAAGUGUCUACGAUGAAACUGUUGGGGGCUAUGUAGAUCGAGUUGUUACAAACAUUUUAUUUGGAGACGGGGAUGGCUCCAGUAUAGCACCUGUUAAACCUCCUAACGAGGAGACCAUAUUCGAGGAUUCAAUAUUACCAGUGGUUGAUACGGCCACAACUAAAGUAUCCAGUGGUCCUAAGGACCACAGUGGAUCGGCCACGCUUCAUAUAGAACCUGUUGAUAAUAGGAUGUCCGUGGCCCCUGCAAUGUCCAAUGCAGACAUUAUCGAUGGCAUAUUCACAGAGAUCAAGGGUAUAACUUGCGCCGAACCUGGGAAACAUGUAUUCUUUGCUGAUGCUGGUCACGAGCCUAAAUUAACUAGUCAAAAUUUUGAGGAUACUGAUGUUUCUACACAACCUAGUGGCGGGUCCGCAGACACCGUAAAUAUCGAGUGUCCACCAAAAAUUAUAUUGGAUCGCUAUAUGGCAUCAUGUACCGAUAUGAAAUGUGACGAAUCUACAAACGCUUCUUAUAACGAUGUCUCGCUGCCAUCAACACAGGAUGCUACAACACCUAUAUUGUCUCUACCUACAUGCCAUUGUAAUGGACAUACGCUACGUGUAUUCGAAGGUCGUUCGGUGAUGACAAGUGGUCUUGUCCCCAAAAAGGUGGUCCUAACUUCUCUAUAUGACCGUGGUGACGUUACUCUCGAUGUGGAUACUCUACGUGGAUAUAAACUAAACUAUGAUCUCCAAGCACAUUUCGAUUGUGUAUCGGAAACACACUCAGGUACCAAUAACAAUUUAACAGGUCAAUUCCAACAUUGUGUAUGGGUUGUACCAAGAUACUUACCAUUUACUAACAUCCAUCCAGAUGCCUUGUCUAUGGUUAAAAUAGGUAGCAAUUGGUUCUUUGAACCCGAACGUUGUUUGGUUAUAUUUCCUUAUAACCGUAGCGUGGAUUUUUUACAAGAGGUACCACGUUUGGUUUCCUUUUUACACCCGGAAUUAAAUUUUGCCGCACUUUGUGCAGGUAUAUGGAGUGUACGUGCUUCUGAUCGUAAUUUUGGAGAGUCACAUCAAGUUACAAGUGAAUCUACCGAUCCGCAUGCCAGUCGUACCGAAGCUGCUUCAUUGACCCGUAGUCAGAAAGCUGCAACCCGUGAAUUAACGGUAAACGAUAUUGUCGCCGAGGCGUGUCACGGUGUAAUGAGAUGCCCAAUCUCAGUUAUACGUCGUCUACUUGGUUGUAUCAGUGUAAUAAGUUUAUGGAUGAUUCUAGAAGAUGUUGACAUUGAUAAUCUUGAAACAAGUCACCCUACCCUCCUGAUACGUAUCCCUGAGAAACCUCGUUGCACAAAAUGUGGCGGUGCGGUAUACGCUCGUGACGGUGUAAUGAAAUCUUUACCAGCUGAGCGUCCUGUACUCUUGACAUCCGAUACCGUUGAUACAGAAUCGAUUGGUGCCUCGAUUGGUGACACUGCAGACUCUGGUAAACCCGUUACCAAGGGCAAAAAAGCUGGUAAAGGACUUACUGCCGAUUUCUGCUCUGACGCAGAUUCCCUUAUGGAUACUUGUAUGAACCGUCUUGCGGACGCUGGUAUGAAUAUCCAAGGUAUUCGACAUGAUGGUCAAUUAAACAAAGUGAUUGGUGUGUCUAGCACUGUUACUGGUGAAUUGGACCCCAAUUGCAUUGGUAAUAGUGGACCCGUGGUACGUACGCGUGAGACACCAAUUUUCAGUGAUUUAGAGAGUACAGAAGAGGUGAUAAACCUGCUACAGUGUCUUUCUACAUCUCGCUGGCGUCUGACGCGAGAGUUUACAGCUGCACAUGGCGUCAACGAUGACGUCGCUUCGGCCGUAGUACGGGCUCAACAUCAACCGCUUCCUACAGCAAUGGGUCGAAUAUACAACGAGAAGCGUGAUUUUAUCAACAAGUUGGCUCACUUUUUGAGUAACACCCGUCGCGCGAAAGAUACGCGUAUAGAAUCGGAGCUGUAUCGCGAAGCAUAUUCAAGUUGUAGUGAACAAUUCGAUCCCCGCAGUAUCGAGGCCGUAUUGUUACGUGGAUGGGGUGCUUUUUUAAUGGGGCCAAGUUCACGUGGAUCCCACCAUGGCCAAGUCCCCGCAUCUACCGCAUCUUGUAGUCAGGAUACACAGCAACCUGACACAUCUGUCAAUGGUGUAGGUGAGGGUGGAGCCCGUCAUAAGAGUUCUUCUACGUCGUACAAUGGCGAAUUUAGUUUGAUGAACGCCAUGUUAAGGGACGAGCGUGAUUUGUUUGCGGCGCACAUCUUCAGCGAGUGCCCGGAUGACGAUACACAUGGAUCGUCUGGUGCCACCGGAGCUCAUAAACGAAAGAGUCGUGAUGAUAAACGUUCGCGUAAUUCGCGUGCUGAGUCUCCUAACGAUAACCGUGGCGGUACCCCGGAUCAACGUCGGAGCACCACUGAGCAAGGAAAGAAACCACGUCGGUCUGGCAAGUCGCUGCUAGCACGUUUAGCUGAAAAUGAAUACUGCGAGUUCAAGGAUAAAGAAGUUAGAUUCAAGUUUGUGUCUGUAGUUAAAUGGGACGAGGAUCUCGAGCCGUCUGCACUCGUGACGAGCGCACAAUGA